UUUAAGUUAGGGCUCGUGGCAAUGUGGAGACGGGCAUUUGGGCAGGCGCAUGGAUUCCGGCGUGUGAGGCGCGAUUGGAUUUCACAACCAGAUGGCCAGAGAUCCUCAGCUAUAUCGACUGCGGUAUUGAUGCGAUCCAAGGCAGAGGCAAAUGGCAAAGAAGACAAAGAAACGAUCGAGGUGACUUUUAUAACCAAAGAAGGCGAUCGGAAGACGAUUCGAGUUCCAGUUGGGAUGUCGAUGUUGGAGGCUGCUCAUGAGAACGACAUCGAGCUUGAAGGUGCUUGCGAGGGCUCAUUGGCGUGCUCGACUUGUCAUGUCAUUGUGAAGGAUGAGAAGUUUUAUCGGAUGCUCAAGGAGCCAUCGGACGAGGAGAAUGACAUGCUUGAUCUUGCAUUUGGACUUACAGAGACGUCUCGUCUGGGAUGCCAAGUGAUUGCAAAGCCCGAACUCAACGGCAUGGAGUUGGCUCUCCCAGCAGCAACAAGAAACUUCGCUGUGGAUGGACAUGUACCAAAACCGCAUUAGAUAAGUAGGAUUUUUGUCGUCGUUUUCGUUCUUGAGGUUAAGCUAUUGACAGAAAAUUCGUUCUAGUUCAAUAUAACAGAAUUAUUUGCAAACAA